GGAGUGAGGGAGGCUGGGAAGAAGGGAUAACGUCUGCAUACAAGCCCCCCCCCAGAAAGUGGUACACAGUCCUGCUGCUGAGGCUAACGGCUUGUCGGUGAAACGUCGCUGAUUGUGGGAGGUACUGAGUGGUUCUGGAAAAAAAAAGAAACUGAAAAAAGGAUUGUGAAUCGUUAUCAGAAGGCCUCCUCACCGGAUUCUUGAGUUCCGGAUGUCUUCUUACUUGUUACUUUUCUGUUUUUAGCCAUCCGGUUAUAACAACAGAAAGACCCAGUGCUAUAAAAAACGGACAAGCGAGAUAUAAGGAAAAGAUCCAAGUGCGGUUUCCCUUUCACAGAUCUGGACCAUAACUGUCCCUUUUCUCCCUAAACGCAGGGCCGUUGCGUGUGAAUUAAAUGAACUGACCGCCUUUUGUCUGCAGAAAGCUGGGACUAAAAACUAACAGCACAUCUACGAGAAGUGUUAUCGCCGAAGCCCUCGUGUGGGGAUCAUUACGAUCGUCGCCUAAAACGGGACUGAAACGAUAAAGGACUUCCCACCAAGUAGCUAAGAAGCAUGGGUGCUACUUUAAUGAACGAAACGCCACAAGAUCUCGACAAACCGUGAGUAGACCUAACGGAAGAUUAGGCGUCUGUUGUUGCCCGGUAUUGCCUAGUUGGUUUCUAUUUGUGAGUCGGACCUCACCUGACGCAGGACUAGUUACUGUUGUACAAUUUUUUGUCCUGGCGUGCUCGGGGGGCAGCCGACAAAUAAAAAAUGCCAAUUGUCCCACCUGGAGCAAGACAUCACAAAACACCGGGAGGCACUGACUUCUUAAGUCGGAAACCUUUUCUGAAGUAACAACCUUUCCGCAAAAGGUUCAGUUCAGAAUAAGCCGAUUUUCACAUGUCACAGAUUUGCAUGCAAUUAAUUCCUCACUUAACUGUGCCAAAGAAGACUGGGGGAGAAGCCCGAUAAUGAAAUCGCAGAGAAUACCUUCUGGAAGCAUGGCAAUGGAAAAGAGGAUUUAAUAAGGACCGUUAAGUUACUCUUAAGACCGGCACUCAAGAAGGUGGCAAGCUAUUGAUUACAGGAAGCUGGGGUUUGUAUUUCAACCCCUGCUCUGCCAGUGACUCGGAAGCCGUAGAACAGAGAGAGGCAGUUAUCCUCUCAAAUUCCUAGGGCACGGCAACUGAGAAACUGUCGGCUGGUCAUCGUCGAGAGGGGAAAAUAUACUUCAUGUAUUUCAAGCAGCAGGUGGAAGACGGAGCACUGUCCACCAAGUACAUCCCCGAGCGUCCCUGCGCCUGACAGGCGGCAUCUGGACGUGGGAGCUGUUCAAGCUGGUCGGGUCCUGACGCCGCCGAAUGCGUUAUUACUUUCCUGGAUGAUUGAAAAUACAAGUGCUACAUCAUCCAGUCAGCGGAGGGCAUACAGUGACAGGGCUGCGGCCCUUUCAUCCCUUGUCCCAGAAACUAAUCUUAAGGCUGUGCCAUGCGCCCCCCUGGCAACCAGCUCUUGCCCACAUAGAGGUUGUACCGCACUCUGAGACCAUCGUGCGCUCCGCAGAGGAUGCUGGGAAUGUGUCGAGGGCGCCGGAAGUUCCUUGCUGCCUCUCUAGUUCUGCUUUUCGUUCCAGCUCUCACCUGGCUCUAUCUGUCGGCUGGAAACUUCCAAGUGAAGCCUAUUCCACUGUCGCCCAUCGAGGCCCAGUCUGCCACGCUGUCGGCUGGCCCCCGGGAACGACUUGCCCUGGAGAUGCGGGUUCGAGAAGUGGAGGAAGAGAACCGCGCACUACGCAGGGAGCUCAGCCAGCCACAGAGAGGCCCGGUGCCUAAAUCUCACCAUGGGCACCAUGGCAACCAGUCAAGGGCUUACUCCACGGAGGAGGGCACAGGGGACAGUGAGAGCCAGCGUUCUGGGGCUGCAGGCAACAGCUCAGACUGCGCACAGCACCCCCCUGUGGACAAGUGUGAGACUAUCCAUGUGGCCAUCGUUUGCGCUGGGUACAAUGCCAGCCGGGAUGUGGUUACACUUGUGAAAUCUGUACUUUUCCACCGGCGAAAUCCCCUUCAUUUCCACUUCAUCACAGACUCCAUUGCUCAGCAGAUCCUGGCUUCGCUGUUCCACACAUGGAUGGUCCCAGCAGUGCGUGUUGACUUCUACGAUGCAGACGAACUCAAGUCAGAAGUGUCCUGGAUCCCUAACAAGCAUUAUUCUGGAAUCUAUGGUCUUAUGAAGCUGGUUCUAACCAAGACCCUGCCUCCAACCCUAGAGCGAGUUAUUGUUCUGGACACUGACAUCACUUUUGCUACUGACAUUGCAGAGCUCUGGGCUGUCUUUCACAAAUUCAAAGGCCAGCAGGUGCUGGGCUUGGUAGAGAACCAGAGCGACUGGUACCUGGGAAACCUGUGGAAGAACCAUCGCCCCUGGCCGGCUCUGGGGAGAGGGUUUAACACCGGGGUGAUUCUUCUCCUCUUGGACCGGCUCAGGAAGCUUAAAUGGGAGCAGAUGUGGAGACUGACAGCAGAGAGGGAGCUGAUGAGCAUGCUGUCUACUUCCUUGGCUGAUCAGGAUAUUUUCAAUGCAGUGAUUAAGCAAAACCCAUUUCUGGUGUACCAGCUGCCUUGUUUCUGGAAUGUGCAGCUGUCUGACCACACCCGCUCUGAGAAGUGUUAUAAAGAUGUCUCCGACCUCAAGGUGAUACACUGGAACUCCCCCAAAAAGCUGCGAGUGAAGAACAAGCAUGUGGAGUUCUUCCGCAAUCUCUACUUGACCUUCCUGGAGUAUGAUGGCAAUCUGCUGCGCAGGGAGCUUUUCGGCUGCCCCAGUGAAGCUGACCUCAACAGUGAGAAUCUGCAGAAGAAGCUGUCCGAGCUGGACGAGGACGACCCGUGCUAUGAGUUCCGCCGAGAGCGCUUCACCGUGCACCGCACGCACCUGUGCUUCCUGCACUACGAGUAUGAGCCGACCGCUGACAACGCCGACGUCACACUGGUGGCACAGCUCUCCAUGGACAGGUUGCAGAUGCUGGAGGCAAUCUGCAAGCACUGGGAAGGCCCCAUCAGCCUGGCCCUGUACCUCUCUGAUGCAGAAGCACAGCAGUUCCUGCGCUACGCACAGGGCUCGGAGGUGCUGAUGAGCCGCACCAACGUAGGUUAUCACAUCGUGUACAAAGAAGGCCAGUUCUACCCCGUCAACCUGCUACGCAACGUGGCCAUGAAGCAGGUCAACACGCCGUACAUGUUCCUGUCCGACAUUGACUUUCUGCCCAUGUACGGGCUGUACGAGUACCUCAGGAAAUCGAUAGUGCAGCUGGACAUGGCCAACACCAAGAAAGCUCUCAUCGUGCCAGCGUUCGAGACUCUGCGCUACCGUCUCUCCUUUCCCAAGUCCAAGGCUGAGCUGUUGUCUCAGCUGGACAUGGGCACUCUCUUCACUUUCAGGUACCAUGUGUGGACAAAAGGCCAUGCUCCUACAAACUUUGCCAAGUGGCGUACGGCCACAACACCUUACCGGGUGCAGUGGGAGGCUGAUUUUGAGCCAUACGUGGUGGUGCGACGGGACUGCCCCGAGUACGACCGCAGGUUUGUGGGCUUUGGCUGGAACAAAGUGGCUCAUAUCAUGGAGCUCGAUGCACAGGAGUACGAGUUUGUGGUCUUGCCCAACGCCUACAUGAUCCACAUGCCCCACGCCCCCAGCUUCGACAUCACUAAAUUCCGCUCCAACAAGCAGUAUCGCGUCUGCCUCAAGACUCUGAAAGAAGAAUUCCAGCAGAACAUGUCCCGCCGCUACGGCUUUGCCGCUCUGAAGUACAUGACUGCUGACAACAACAGCUAGCCGCCCCACCCGGGACGGCCGGCGCACUGCCCUCCAGCUCUUCCUGAAGAGCCAGUGGCGAGGAGGCCGCCAGACGCCAGCGAAUCGCGUUUCCCAACACCCCAGGCCCUGGGGUGCUGGGUACCAGAGACACAGCCGGGAAACAGGGGGUCUCUCAGUUAAUCUCGCGGCUCCUUCGGCCCUCCACUCGCAGGGCUGUGAAGACAGAAAAACAAUUAUUUUUUUUCUCUCUGUGUGCUCAAAUAUUUUUUUUUCUGUGUGUCUGGUAAAAAAAAAAAACAACAAACUGUCUGGAAGAACAAAGCUCAUUCUUGGUAUCAAGACCUGUGCUGUGGAAGAAAUGCUAGCUAGCAACAAAAAAAAGAGGCCAGUUAGUGUUCUUUUAAGAUCUAGUUGAAAUUCUGGAGACAUAAUGGAGUUCUUAUUUUGUGUGCUCCUGUCGCCCCAGGUUUCAGGAGAGAAUGCAACGUGGUGGAUGUUCUCUUUGUGAGAAAAUAAAUACGAUUCAGCACCCCCCAGCAACCUGCCAUCCCCACAAAACAUAAAGCCAACAAAACAGCUAAUGGUAUGUGAUUGCCAUUACCUGCUUACCUGAAACCAGACCUCUCAUCCCUCUGGGAAUGAAAUGCCGCGUCCAGCUGUAUUGAACAGGUUUUUUCUGCUUUCUUUCACUUGUCAAGGGUGUUUGUGCCAAUAGUAAAACCUACACAAAGAUGUGGCUGCAUAGAAAAAGAAGGUAAUCACUUUGCUAUCAGAAUAAUUCAGUGAUAUUCAAAGGUUUCAAAGGAAGAUAUCCUUCAGUGCGUUUACAUGUAAAGCCUAUUCAGAAUAUGCAGCUAUUUCAGUGUGAAUAGUAAUUUCUUUUGCAUCUAGAGCGUGUAGAGCACGUUUCAUUCCUGAAGGUUCCCAGUGCACUCACGUUGGUGCAUUUACACACAAACAGACCCACCAGUAUGUACAGUACCUGUAGCCCCACUUUACUACAGUUCAGGCAAGCCAGUGACACAACUGACUUAAGCAGAAACUUUAGGAAGCUCAGAUUGUACAAGUCCAGAGCGGGAUUUAGCCAGAACAUUUCUACGCUUCUGAAAAGUGCCAUGUUCGUGACCAGGAAGUCCGAGCCUCUGUUUAACCUCCCGUCUGAAGUAUAGAACAUCCUACAGCAGUGCUCCUAGCCACCGUUCUGGGGCGGAUGGGAGGUUUGGGAUUAGGAAAAGAGCGCCACCUACGGGUUCAUCAGCACCAUGUACGGCAGCAGCCUGAUUUUUCCAUCGCUGUGCUGACCAGUCCCCACCUGGCUUGGCUUCUGAGAUCUGACUAGAUCAGACUACAAGCUGCUAUCAGUGCUGCAACAGUGCAGUAGAUCUGUUAGCAGUGUUGCAUUGUAAACUUUUCAGUUUGUCCUGGUUUCAAUUAGGUAAAAAUGAGAGAUUCAAACCAUUCUGAGAUUUCACAUCAGAAAAAGAGCAAUACACUUCAGUUUCCAAUGAUGAACUACAUUGCAUAUGUGAAGGGAUUUAUUGCAUUUUUUGCAAGUUGACCCUAUUUCCAUUUAAAUAAGUUGUUGGAUUUUUUUGCUCUUUCACAUUUGCACCAUUUAAUUUGUUGCAGUACGUUCAUUGUGAUUUUAAGUGAAUUUUAGUGACCAAGAUUUAUAUCCAAAAACAGUAAAACACUCGAUGGAUUAUAUUGCUCUAAUAUCCAUAGGUUUUUAGAUGUAUCAUUGCACAAUAUGUACACGUACUUUGUAUUUAUGAAUGCAACAUUCCACUUUCUACCUGACACUUCAGAUAUAUUUCGAGGGUAUGAAUAUCAUAAAACAAACCUACUGAAAACAUACCACUACAGUAAAAUGUCCGUUUGCAUUUUUUAACAGGGAGAAUAUUUGCAUAUGGAAUUUUGAACACGUCUGUAAAAAAAUAUUGAAUAUACAGAUCUUCCGAGUAACAUUUUCGGAAUAAUUUGAAAAACAAUUGCCUUUCAUGUAAACGUACUGUAUGUGAUGGGCAAAAUUAUUUUUUACUUGAAUAUUGCAAAAACAAACGUACAGGCCUUUAAAGAGCCAUGCAAAUUCACUUAUCGACUGAAAUAAAACUUAAGAUAGCUCGCGCAGGGCUUACCGUCAGGACGUAAGGAAUGUUACAUCAGGACACGAAACUGUCCGAAUGUGGCAGAAUGCCUGAAUGUAUUAAAGCUCUUAUUUGCUGGUCAGAGCAUGUAAAGCUGCCAUUUAGAGUGAUAAGGAACUUACUUGGGAGCUGGACACGCAACAUGUUUUAGGCUUAGACUGCACAAUGCCAGGUUUCUCGGUCCUAGAUUAGCCUUUGGCCGGUUCCGAUUACUGACCGGCUGCUUCUGUUGGAUUCUCUUUCCUUCCCGCUCAAGUCAGGUGUCCAGUCACAAGUGUUUCGGGGAAUUGAGCGGUUUGGUGGCGAGUUUCUUGGCUGCCUCCCUCUCCUCCUGAGGCAUUCCCCUGGCUUGUGUCAAGCAGUGUUGCUGUUGUUUCAUUGACUACUCUUCCUCUAAAAAAAAAUGGCACGUGCUUUGUGUUGGAAUUUCCUUUACAAAACGUUUUUUUUUUUCCCUGAAGCAAAAUAAGGACAUUAAUACUCAUUUCUUUCUUAUUUGUUGGUAUUACUUAUGUGUUUACAGUUCUCUUGCUAAAAAAAAAACGUCUAAAAUGCACUACCCAGACGUGGAAAAAGGGGAACGGCAUCUGAACAUGUCAAAAGGGAAUAUAAAAGGAGUUGUUCGUCCUUUUCCUGGUCUCUACUGGUCAGGCCUUUGACUGUCAGUCAGUAGCUGGAGUUUUACGUGGCCCUGCUGACUGGCCCAGCACUGGUUGACACUGCCAAACUUGCACAUUGCAGCUCUGAAUGAGACCUACUGUAGGUUUAGUUUGUGGGGAGGUCUGGGUGAGUGGGGGCGCGGGUGUAAAUGCAUGUGUGGCAGUGCGAAUGUGGGUUCGAGUCUUUGCGAGGUUUAAGGAGGAUCUGAAUGUGUCAAUGUUUAGGACAGUGUUAAUAGAUAUGCUGCUACCUAAAUAUGAAUAAAGAGUGGAAUCAAGCACUUG